AAAGAAUGGAAUUUGGAUUCGGCAAAGGCAGAGAUCGCUAGUCUUUCUGAAGAAGUUGCUCGACUUAAAUUAGAAUUGCAGAAUAAGUCCAAGGAUGAAAUUCUUAUAUCUCGUCAACUUUGCUUGCUUCGAAGUCGUCUUCUGGAGGACGGUCAACUUAAGUACCUGGAAAAAGCUUGA